UAAAACUAUUGCCUUGAAUAACUCAUAAAAAUAAAAAUAAUUACCUUAAUCAUAUAAACGUUUGUUUUAAAACACUAUCUAUCCUCUUAUUUACCUCUAACAUUCAAGAAAAUAUCAAUAAACAUUCACAUCUAAUAGGUCGCUCAAUUGGUGAUUUACUAAUAGUUGAAACGCCACAGUCGUAUAAUUCCGACAGUAGUGCUGUGGUAAAACAAUUUUAAUAAAUUAUUAAAAAAUAUAUAUUUUAUCUAUCCGGGUAUGUUGUUUGUGAUAAAAAUGAGUCAAUCAUAUUUUCUCGAUAAAUAAAACCAAUUAAGUAUUGGUUUCUAAUACAAAAGGGCAGAUUUUAUCCUAAAAUCAUCAAAUAUAUAUUAACCGUUUCCGUGCGGAGGUCUUUUUAGUAAUCUUUAGUUCCUGGCGUCAAACAUAAAUUCCGUGAUGCCUCUGAGGCACCAAGCGCCAGAGACUUUGAUGAUUCCCCUGGGGAAUCAUCCGCCAUGAAUUGUAACUUGUAGCUUGUUCUCGUCUACUUGCUAAAAUGUCAUUUGCCAUUGUGUAUCUAACGUAAGCAGUCAGUAAAUUCGUUCAGUGCGUUUAAAAGUGACGAUCUGUGUGUUUUUAUGGAAAUGGAAGAGUCACCCAGAAAAAAAAUGAAAUAUAUUCCUCAAUCAGAAGUCGAGACUCAAUGCGACGACGACGACGUGUUUUAUGAGAAUUCACAAACUUAUGACGAUUCGGAACCAAUAGCGAAUAAUGUUAGUGGAACUAUAAAAAAAACAACGAAGGAUUGUGCAACAUGCACAGAAAAAAUAAAAGAUAAUUCCACGAGCCUUCCGUCCACGAGCACCAAAAAGACCCGGGAAGAAAUAGAUGAGCGGCAGAUUCCAACAAUUAUUGAUUUGCAUGGUUGCAAAUAUUUUGGACAAUUCGUGUCCAACGAAUUGCUACGAUUUAGUAUAAAUGAAAGAUAUGCAAUCAUGCAAAAUAUUAUAGAAAUUCUGAAAUAAUCAUUUACCAACAUUAUAGUAAUGUGUGAGGAUA